ACCAUCCACUCCGGGUGGACCGUUUUCUUCGGGCUCGCUUCGUUUCUCGGACUCGGUACUUACUCUCCGGCUGUGGACACUUCUGUUUUUUCCGCGAUAUCUUCGCGAUCAAAGAACGAAUAACUGGAAGCGAACAAAGUGUGACCAACGGAUUCGCAGUGCUUCCGGGAUUAUUCGCGACAUAGUUGCACACCGAUACAUUGGGGCGGGGACCCUCGCCGAGCAUUAAGCAACCGUCGAGGGCACUGCGCGCUGGGACGGGGAAAUAAUGUUUCCAUAGAUACCGCUGGCUUGGAUUUGUCGAUUGUUUUGUGUUUCGAUUUUAUCCGGUUCUGAUUGAUCGGUUUUGGAGUGAAGCAAAUUAUUUUUGGAUAUCAAAGCAAACAGAAUUCGAAUUUGCGCCUACUGAGGCCCGGUACUGUGCGAUGUGGGGCACGGGGUGUGAAGUUAAUGAAAUUCUUGUUAUGUGAGUUACACGAAAAUUGGAUACAAAUUUAAGUCGAGAAGCGGAUGAAAAAAAAAGUGGAAUGCAAUAAGCAAUCAUCGAUGAGAAUCGUUCCGAUGAUGCGGGGAAAAGUACGAUGAGGCGUUGACGGAAGCAUUAUGUGUGAUUAAUUCUUGAAUGUGAUAUAACACAGUGUAGAAGCUGCUGGCAAUCAAGUGCAAUACGAAACAGCCAAAAAUUGAUUUUUUUUUCCAUUACCUAAUAACACAUCACGGCGCAAAAAAUGAGGAUCAUACCGAGGAUAAUUCUGCUGCUGUUUCUGCUGUUUUUCAACUCUGCCUCAAGUGAAGCUUGCAAACUCUACUCGAAAAGCAACCUGCGCACCAAAUCGGAUGGAGUGCAGUUUCUCCGGCUGAAGGAGGAUUUCCCCGUCGGAGGCGAAAUCGUGUCGCUGUACGCCUAUCCGAGGAACUCGAUUCUGAUCGCCCGGACCGAGAACUCCAGCGAUUCGGAGUACUUCAAGCUGAAGGAGGUGAACAACACGGUGGUCAGUGUGAUACUGAACCGCAGUCUCGACCAGCUGGUGGAUAACGACAAUCCGCAGAGCAUACUGAAGUUCAGCGUGUUUUGCAGCGGGACGUCGAUGAGUAUGAAGCAUGACAAUCAGUCGUCAUUUUUCACAAUUACUGUUUACAUAGAAGAUAUCAACGAUAAUGAUCCCGAAUUUAUCAAUCUACCGUAUGCGAUCACGCUGGACGAAUCAACGCCAAUUGAGACGGUGGUGUUUAAUAGAAUUAAGGCAAUUGAUCGUGAUAAGCCAAACACGCCGAAUUCCGACAUUGAGUACGCGAUCGCGCCGAAGCAGAUCAAGAGCGGCGACUUCCCGUUUCGUCUGGAGAGCUCCCAGAAGCCGAAGCUGAUCCUCCAGCGGCCGCUCGACUACGACACCGGGCUGCACUCGAUGAAUGUGCUGGUGAUUGCGAGCGACCGUGGGAACCCACCGCGCACGGCCAACGCAACCGUUCGGGUGACGGUCCGGGACGUGGACGACUUGUCGCCGAUCUUCACCCGGGCCAUUUAUCGCACCAAGCUGAAGGAGUCGUUUCCGAUUACGGGCAAGCCCAUUCACCAGGCGGUGCCUUUUGAUCCUCCGAUCGGGGCGUUCGAUCAGGACUCGUUGAAUGCGACGCUGGUCUACAGCAUAAUUGGCGGUAAUGAGCGAAAAUUGUUCUGGAUGUCACCGGAAACGGGCGUGAUCUUCCUCCAGAAGGAGAUAGAUUUGGAGGCGGAGAGUCUGCCAGACAACACAAUGGUGCUGCAGAUCGAGGCGAGGCAAACAAAUAGUCCGUCACGGAGUUCUUUGGCAAGGGUGGAAAUGGAGAUCAUUGAUCUGAACGACAAUCUUCCUGAAUUUGAGGUUGAUCUCUACAACAUAUCGAUCAUCGAAAAUCUUCCGAAGGGCUUUAGCAUUCUUCAGGUGAACGCGAUCGAUCGCGAUCAAGGUGAGAAUGCUGAGUUCUACUACUACUUGGGAGCGGAGGACCCCAAAGGAGCGUUUGUUAUUGAUCACAUGUCUGGUUGGAUUGUGGUAAAUGAUGAAACAUUCCUCGAUAAGGAGGCUCGCAAUUCGCUUCAUAUGACGGUUAAUGCCAUGGAACGGAUAGAGCAAGUUGAUCGUAGUCGCAAUUAUGGAACUGUACAGGUGGAGAUCACUUUGUUGGACACAAACGACAACACUCCUGAGUUCGAGCAGGGAACUUUGUACGAAUUUAAAGCGAAUUGUAGUGCUGCCGUUGGAAGUAAAGUGGGGUCCAUCAAAGCUCUUGACCCGGAUGAUAUGGGUAACGGUCAGAUUCAGUAUCACAUAAAAAACGUUCGACCAAAUCUGGCGAUCCCCUUCAAGCUUGAUCCAGACACGGGAGACAUUAAGGUGACAGAGACAUUGACGUACGGAAAGAUUGCAUUUUUUGUCGAAGCACGCGAUCAACCACAAAACCCAUCCGAAUCACGAUUCAAUGUGGCUUUGGUUACGAUCGAUAUCGUGUGUCAAUCAAUCGAAGAAAUCGAGUUCAUUGGGGCUCCGUACGAAUUCUGGGUAGGAGCGGAUGCACCAAUUGGAGCAUCUGUAGGACAAAUACGCACCACAUUUGACUCGAAUACGGAAGAAGAGAUCUUUUUUGAUCUCCUCCAUUCUUACCCAGAAGGAGUACCCUUCGCGAUUGAAGAACGAUCCGGAAUUGUGACGGUGAUUGAGGUUCUUGACAAGUUCGACAGACGUUGUUACGAAUUUGAAACGGUUGUAUCAUAUCUGCCGAACGCCGAAGGUAAAAAUCUUGACCAACUGACUCCCGAAGCGUACAACAAUUUGGAGAAGAUAAUCGUUACGAACGUUACCAUUCACGUCAUCAAGAACAACUUCAUGCUUCUCAGAGGGACUAAUUCAACCCCCAUCGAGUUUAAGAUCAAGGAAAACAAACCAAAUACGAUUAUUGGACAGCUCAAGUUCCAGGACUUCCAAGAGCAAUGCGAAGCCGACGAAAAAGGAAUUCCUCCGUUGAUUUCGGUACGAGGCGAUCGCAACCGCAGUGACCGGCAGGUUUUCAAUCUCAAUGGUAAGAAUCGGACCCGCUACGGUCGGAGAUUUAUUCGAGAAGUAGCCACGGAUUACGUUCAACUGUACCCAUUGGUUGCCUUCGAUGCCAUUUACACAACGAAUGUGACAACCAGAAAGGCAAGAAAUUCCAGAUACUCUCGCAACCCGACUAGUGGAGUUCAAUAUUCGCUGGUCAAUAGCUAUGACGUUGCGGAAACCAUCCGCCUCACGAACGAUGGCAAACUGAUGACCGUGAAGGGUCUUGAUCGCGAGAAGCAAGACCUGAUCAAAGUGACGAUCAUCGCGGAGUACUUCUAUAAGCAUCGCACUUUCGCCGGCAUCUACCAGGUUGUAAUCCUGGUGGAAGAUGAAAACGAUAACCCACCAAAGUUCAAUCAGCCCUACUUCUUGGGGGUGAUCGCGGAAAAUUCCCCCAUAGGAACGGAAAUUGUCCUAAAUAAUCCGAUCAUCAUAACCGAUCAGGACAUCGGCGUAAACUCCGAGUACGAACUGAUCCUAUCGGGUGAGUCGAAUUCCUUCGCGGCACAGUUCUCCAAUUCCACCCUUUCGAACUACAACAAAACUGUGGCGCACAUUUUCAAGAAUCUUCAGAUCGCCAACCUCGAUUCCAGCGAAGUGCUCAAUCGACGUGUUGAUUUUCGGUCGAAGCCUUUCGAGGGGAUAAAUGGAUCGACCCCGCAUUACAACAUCCUCUUCAUGGGACCGAACAAGCUCGAUCGCGAGGAGAUCGACAGCCUGAAUCUGAAAAUGGUGGCCACCGAUCGGGACAGUUUGACCUCGGAGGUGGAGCUGCGGAUUCUGAUCUUGGACGUGAACGACAAUCCGCCGAUUUUCGAUAAGAUCGCAAUUUUCCGCAAGAGUAAGUGCGAGAUGUUGGAGAAUCUGAGCGAUCUGGAGUUGUACUAUCUGGACGAGUUGGAGACGGAAGUGUUGCCCGAGUUCAUGGAGAUGGAGAAGAAUGGCGGUCGGUUGAGCUACGGUGUUGACAGUUUGUUCGAGAUGGUGCAAUCGGCUCCGUACGUGGGGAUGCCCCGGUUGCUUGACGGGCAGGCGAUGUUGGGGAAUCGAUCAUUGGUUAUGAAGAGGAAGCUGUACAAACCGAAAGCACGGCUGCGAACGGGCACGAGGAAUACCAGGGCGAUAAGCAAACAGUCCGGGUUGAGAUUUAGUCUUCCGGAGAAUGUGGAGGUCGGGAAGGUGAUUCUGAAACUGACCGCUAGCGAUGAUGACUUUGACAAGAACUCGAAGGUGUUUUAUGAAAUCGUGAAUCAGGAGGAGAUUCCUGUGAAGAAUAGGAGCAGUUAUUUUAAGAUUGAUCGAUCGAGCGGGGAACUGAAGGCGGUGAAACGGUUGCCACCGGAGACGGAGAUCAGAUUGAAUAUUUCAGCAAAAGAUGUUGGUGGAUUGACGGACGUGAUUAGUUUGGAGUUCAAGAUCUACGAUGUGAAUGACAAUUCUCCGGUGUUCGAACAGCAGUGGUACACGUUCAAGGUUGACGAGGGAAGUUAUCCGAUCACUGGGAAGAACAUUGGUAAGGUGCGAGCGACUGACGAAGAUCUGGGAAUGAACGGGAACGUGUCAUAUCUUCUGCUGGCAGAGGAUGAUGCAAAAAUUCCGUUUUCAAUAUCACCAUUAGAAGGCACAAUUCGUGUUUCCGGCGAAAUCGAUCGAGAAUCGAUUGCGUCUUACCAUUUCAAAGUGUUGGCGUCGGAUAACAAUUUUGACCUGAAACUGUCCGCAAUGGUGGAUGUUGAGGUUAUCGUACUGGACAAGAACGAUAACAGUCCGGAGUUCACCACCUACGAUGAACUGCAUUAUGAUCGCAGUAGCAUUAAACGACUUCCCGUUUAUGUGUCGUACAUCAACGUAAAUUCCAAACCGGGAACCUUCGUCAAACAGGUUCAGGCGAAGGAUAAUGACUUCGCCGAAAAUGGAAACGGAUUGGUGAUCUUUUCCCUGACUGGUCAAAGCGAUCUUCUGCAGUUCAGUAUCGAUCCCAAGGACGGAGUUAUUACCACGGCAACCAAAUUCAUCCCACCGACGAAUCGGAAGACCUAUCAGCACAUAAACGUGACGAUAGUUGCCUCCGACUUUGGAACACCUCCACGAUCGAGUAGUGCCCUGUUGAUCGUCAACCUUCAGGGCGAUCCGGAGAGGAUGAACGCGGUCGAGGAGCGAGUUCCUCUAUUUCCGUACAAAUACUAUGAAUUGGAAUUACGCGAAAACGAGCAUGCCCCCAAAAUAGCUCUGAACAUCAGCCUUAACAAAAAAUAUGCAAAGGAUAAUUUCCGGUGGACAAUCGUCAAUGACGAUAACGGCGACAAAUUCCGGAUCGAUGAAAAUAAUGGAUCUCUUUGGUUGCUACAGCCAUUGGAUCGGGAAGAACAGGAUUCCUACGAGAUCAAAAUCAAGGUGGAUAGACUCAAGUCUCGAGAAAGCCGAAACAUUCCAAGUGUGUUGUACGCACUGGAGAAUCCAGUAAAAAAGAAGACCCACAAACUGCACGACAACGAGGUGGAGAUCCUGAUCAAAGUGAUGGACGUGAACGACAAUGCACCGAUCUUCCGAGACAAUGAUGGACCGAUUAUUGCGGUUGUCCCUGAUCGAGCUAACUACGGGUACUCGGUGCUGAAGGUCGAAGCCUUUGACGAGGAUGCCGGAAGCAAUGGCGACAUCCGUUAUUCGCUGCUAAACGAACCGGCCAGACUGUUCGACGUGGAUGCUUUGACGGGGCAGAUCCGACUGCUGAGUUCGUUGGUCAAUUUCCAGGACCGAGUCUUUGGAUUCGAUGUCAAGGCAACGGAUCGAGUAGGCGCCGACGACGGUCAGUCGACCAUUGCCAACGUCUUUGUUUACGUGCUAAACUCGAUGCAAGAGGUGCGUCUAAUAAUGGCCGGCCUCCCCGUGGAGGUGGAAAAACAGAUGGGAAUGAUUACGGCCAGUUUGAGUCUUGCCACCGGGUACGACGUGCGGAUACGUGCCUUGGAAAGCAACAACAAAGUGGACGAAGCCACAAACUUGUACCUGUAUGCCAUCGAUCGGAAGUCCAAUUCCCUGGUGGAAAUGGCGGAACUUCAGAGGUCCCUCGCAUCGCUGGAUAUGGCUAAUUUGAAGCCAAAUUUGCCCAUCAUCGAACUGACGGAGCUGACGCUGAGUGCGCUGGAACCGCACCCCUACGACGCCGGCAUGAAGGGAAUCGAACUGGCCACGGUCGUUAUCGGGGGGCUGAUUUUCGCUGGAGGAACAGCGACGGCCCUGUGCAUCGCAUGCGCCCGGUACCGACGUUUGAUCCCACUGCCCAACCUUGGAGGGGGUGGCGGAGGCGGCGGCAUCGUUGGCGGAUCGCAAGACGUCCGCACAACGGGAAUCCGAAAUACUUCGUCCACCCUUGGGAACACCAACAACAAUAACAACCCGGCCGCUGGGCGUCCUAUAACUCGGGUCGACAUCCAACCGGUGAUCAACCGGACGGAUCUGAAGAGUUCCAUUUUCCAUCCGAACUUCCACCGUCAGUUCGUGACGAACAUCAGUACCGAGUCGACGGCGGUGGUAGCGCCCGUCAACGAGGAGAAUAACAGUGAUAGUUACGAGGAUUCGCUCAAGGACUCGCUGACGUCCAACACAAGUCUAUGACGAGAGGGGAACGCUCCCCCUCGCAGGGAGAGCUUUCACCGUUGCCACCCUCGCCACAGCCAGCUGUACAGAAUAGCCGAUAGGACAAACCAAAAAUUUUGAAAAGCAAACAAACUAGCAA